AUGGCCGUGGAAUAUUCAAUAUCAACUAGUGAUGACUCCGCCGACCUGGUCAUCUGGACAAGUCUCGAGGCCGACGUGGUCAUCAUUGCUGUGUGCAUCCCAGCGAUGCAGCCUCUGAUCGACCAUCUCUUGCCGCAUCCGAGCGACGCAAGUACGCUUUCCUCUCACGCCCCGACAUCGCCAACAUCCUUCACUCCACGCAAGAAGUUAUGGAGUAUCAGCCACGACCCAGAAGCGGCAAGAGACUGGGACACGGAGAUUCAGAUCCCAGAGAUGAUCAUGGUCGAGCGAGAAUUUGAGAUCAAUGUUACAAGAAGUGUACACACAUGGACGCCAGACACGAACCCGUCGGCAGUGACGGACGAUGAGAAGUUCCGGAUAGUGAAGGACCAAGGACCGGACGGAACUGUCACGACGACGGUGGUUGUGAUGUCGUCGGCACCGGCCGAUGUUACGAGAUUCCCGCAAGCUUGA